UGUAUUCACAAUCAGCCAGAGACCAUGGGUCAUGAUCAUCACAGCCAGAAGCAUCAACCCCCUGUUGGAACUCCGCCGUCCCAAGGUUAUCCACCGCCAGAUCUACCAAAAGAAGGUUAUCCGCCGCCGGGAUAUCCUCCGGCAGGGUAUCCGCCUCCAGGGUACCCACCACAAGGGUAUCCUCCACCGCCGGGAUACCCCACUCAAGGUUAUCCUCCUCCACCAUACCCAGCACAGGGGUAUCCUCCGCCCUACGCACCACCUUACCCGCAUCAUCAGCCUCCGCCUCCUCAGCAUCACCAUCACCAUAAUAAUAACUCAUCCGGCCCUGGUUGCUUGGAAGGCUGUUUGGCUGCUCUCUGCUGCUGCUGCUUGUUGGAUGCGUGCUUCUGAUGAGAAGAUAAUAAAGGCUUCAAUUUGCAGAAACUGUGUCUAAACUUGAACAUACAUGAUAUAUUAUAUAUUAUGUUUCUAGC